AUGUCAUCUACGUCUUCAGGUGGUAAAAAGUCUAAAAGGACUAGAAAAUCAUUCACAUGUCAUGGUUAUGGUGACUGUCACAUGACAUUCGCAAGGGCUGAACAUUUGGCAAGACACGUUAGGAGACAUACAGGUGAAAAACCAUUCGAAUGUAACGUUUGUUUUAAACAUUUUAGCAGGGUGGAUAAUUUAAAACAACAUAAGGAAACUGUUCACGCAAAUGUCUUUAUUGAUGAAAUGUCUAAUAAUACCCCCAUUAAUAUAAAGAAUAAGAGAGGGAAGAAAAAUGCUUUAUAUCAAGAUACCAUUUAUCUAUCGAGGAAAAAUCAAGUUUCACCACAUAUUACACAAAGAUUGCAAUUACCACCCAUUGAACAACAUCUACAAUCAUCGUUUGCCCCAUUGAAAACAUUGCAUGAUCGUGCACACCAUUUUCCAGCCGUUCCCACUAGAGAGAAUAAUCAAAGAAAUGAUGGUCCAGUGCAAACUCCGCCCAUGUUACUACUGCCAAAUAGAACUCACGAUCAAUAUCCCACUUUGGAUAAUAUUCCCAGAAGCCAAAUGACCCCCCUCAUAACAUUACCUCCAUUGAGAGAAAAGCAAGAAAUGGGAACUAUGCACGGUCGUGCAAGGAAUGCUCAGAAUUACCCAACUCAUAAUAGCUACCACGAUCGACAAUAUUUCUUACUUCCUAUAAAUAGUGUUCCUCCAACACAAACGCAAUAUUCUCCAUUCAACAAUCCAGAUGCAACUAAUAAUAGUGGGAAUUACACAACAGUUCCAAUUUCUCCAAGGGCAUCGUAUGGUACUAAAAAUGACCUCGAUUCUUCAACUCCAUACGUCAAUAUUGCUAUUAAAUCGGAAGAUGCACAAGUCGAUUUAGACAAACAAAAAGAAAAUAAAAAGCGCAACAGCAUCGGUAAUCUAACCACAUAA